AAGUUCAUAAUCCCCGCAAGUGACAUCACUGGUGUGGUUGACAACGAAUCCUGGUAUACUUCUUCACUCGACGCUUCCUUAAAGCGUCGUUCAUUCGCCGAUUACUCCUCCACCUCGCUCUCCCACUCCACCUUCGACGGAGUACUUGCCCGUCCAUCGAGCCUAAAACGUAACAGUCAAGUCGGUCUAAGACUCUCUCGAAAGACUCUGACCAAAUUGUCACGCACCCCUCCACGUCUUCGACUUAGCGCCAGACUUCUUCGUCUCACUGUUCUCCCUCUCUGUGGGUAUAGCAGCCUUCUGAGAGCUCUAUCGAACCCUGCUGCCUGUACAAUGCUCCUAUUGAGGAGGUUGGAACCAUUUCUCUCGGUGAAAUCAAAAGCUGCAGUUGCGAAAUCCCUACUAGCUACACUUCACUUGAGAGGAGAAGUUCCACCAUUCCUUGCGGCUAUGGUGCUUUCUGAGGUUCAGGAACAAGCAAGUUAUACCGAGGAAGCUUUUAACGGCUGGAAUUAA